UACGUGUGCAGACAUGACUUUUCUAGCUGCUGUGGACAGGUAUAUAUACAGCACAUAUGUGACCACUAGUCCUGAACACAUGCAGAGGUCCUGCUCUAUGAUUGAAACCUUUGAUCUGAGGGAUUCACUUGGCGCUCAAUAUUGAAGACCGUGAUGAAGGGUAACAGGCUGACUCUUGCUCCUCUGUGUUGGCUCCUUGGCUGGAUGCUGCUUGUGGACUCUUUCAAGAUCAGUGUUAUCCUCACUCUACCAGAAGAAAACCAGGUCAUCCCAAUGAGCAUGGCUGAAGAUGCUGUUGAUGACAUGUACUUUAUGUGCAACAAAACUAUGUUAGAAAGGAUCCAUGAAACAUACUUUGAUGAAGAGAACACUGAAACAUUUGCAAAGGUCUGGAAAAAUGCACAAGGUUGUGCAAAGCGGAAACUAAACGAAAAAGACAAGGAGGAUGAGGCUUUAACCAUUAAACAUAUGCAAGCAAUAUGUGUUUAUACCUCUGGAUAUCAAAAGUUUCAUAAGACGUUCAAUGAUGCAGUCCAGAACAGCAGGAGCACUUCCUUCCCAUUUCACUCCUUACAUUACUGGCUGACAUCCGCCAUACAGAUCCUCGGUAAGAAUAAAAAAUGUCACACCACUUACCGUAGAACCAACGUUGUGUAUAGUGGUGAAGUCAACCAAAUAGUUCGGUUUGGUUUUUUUGCCUCCAGCUCUUAUGACACAACACUGACCGAUUUUGGUACGAAGACCUGCUUUAAAAUUACAACCUGUUCAGGUGCUUUCCUGAAACAUUAUUCUACUGUUAAUAAAGAAGAGCAAGAGGUGCUCAUACCCCCAUAUGAGAAAUUCAAAAUAACUGGGAAAAAGACGGGUGUAUCUGAAGGUCUAGAUAAAUGUGAUGUUGUCUAUAUCCUAGAAAGCACAGGAGUUCAAAGCAAUCAAAACUGCAAAGCUGCAUACUCAUGAGAGACCAGUGUUUAUUCUUCAGCUGGUGGAGCAAAGUGAAAACAUUUAGUCUUGUCUUGCAAACUGUGUUCAUUUCAACCUUUUAAAAUCCAAGCUCAUUACCAUAUCUAAUCAUUUUCCUUAACCCCCUACAUUCAUGCUUGUUUGUUGUUUUUUCCUUACUAUUGCAGACAUAUGUUUUUAUGCUUCCCCAAAAUGCUAUUCAAAAACAGGAGCAACAACUCUGUACAAUUUCUAGAAGCCAUUUGUGUCUGCAUUCUCACUGUAACA